AUGUUCGUGUUCCUCUGUGUCGCCUUUCUACACAGCCUUGCUUUGGGUGCUCCUGUGCUUUACCAGGGGGAAGAGCUAUCCCAAAACUCCUGCCCAAUGGGCUGGUACGAUUUUAACGGACGCUGCUAUAAGUAUGUCGCUACACCACUGAACUGGCCUGAUGCUGAGUCCUACUGUUUGACUCAGGGAGCAAACCUGGUCUCUGUGCACAGUGAGGCAGAACACCAGUUCAUCAAAAUCCUGAUCCAGAGAUUCGACCCUGCGGAGAGAGCAACCUGGAUGGGUCUGUCUGACAUCCACGUGGAGGGGAGGUGGAUGUGGUCUGAUGGGUCCAAAGUGGACUUCAUACCCUGGCAUCCAUCCCAGCCUGAUGGCGGACGGAAUCAAAACUGUGAUGAAAAGCUGGCCAUGGAUUGGGCAGGAGCCGAGCUCCCCCACCUUGGCUUGGGUCUAAAUGAGUGA